AUGUCAAUGGCGACGAGAUAUAUCGCGCCUUGGCUGCGCUCACCCUGCUGUGAAAGCUUGACUAGAGCUCCGUCGCAAUGCUUGUCGCCGUUAAGACACAAAAGAGCCACCCAUGCAGCCGCUGUAGCACACCCGCCCGCAUGGCGUCCGUCGUCGGCGUUGGACGAAUGGGUCCAGCGCGAGGCCAGGCCCAUCAGUCUGCGUCGUUUGACCUUCUUUGGCCGCACCCUCACCGAGUCCCGUUUGCUGGAUGGCGCCAACUACUGCCGCUUGGAGCUACCCACGAGGAUAGCGCACCGUCUGCGUGACAUCCAGACACUUCCUUACGUUGUCGUUGCGAACCCCCAUCUUGCCCACGUCUACGAACAAUACCUUAGUGCCUUUGAGCGUUUCCGCCGGGUCCCAGAAAUACGCACCCUAGAUGACAACGAGAGAUAUUGCAAGAUACUGCAGGAGACCUUGACGGAGCAUGCAACCGUUAUUCCUAGGUUGGCCCUCGGUGUGCUCGAAGUGCGUGGGCUGAUGCGACCUGAGGAGACGGACAAGUUCAUGAAUACCAUGCUGCGAUCUCGUAUUUCGCGCCGUGUCAUUGCAGAGCAGCACCUGGCGCUGACCGAUACCUUCAAUUCUCCUUGGCAUUUUCCACACAACCAGCCUGAGCACGAUCCGCACAUUGACACUGUUGGGGAAAUCUUCCUGAAGUGUAAUGCGAAAGAGAUUGUCGAACGCUGCGGAAACACGACGCAGGAGUUGAUCAAGGCUGCAUAUGGCUCUAACGUACAGCUCCCAGAUAUCCGCGUUGAAGGCCACCUCGACGCCACCUUCCCCUACAUCCAGAGCCACCUGGAGUAUAUCAUCGGCGAACUCAUCCGAAAUUCGAUACAGGCAGUCAUCGAACAAAGAAAGUACGAUGGCGCCAAGCCUCCACCGAUUGAAGUCCUGAUCUGCGAGACCUCGCAACAUGUCAUUAUCAGGAUAUCUGAUCAGGGCGGCGGCAUCUCCAACGAGAUUCUACCUCACCUUUGGAGUUUUAGUAAGGGGCCGCGACUUCAGAAACGACAGCAGAACCUGGCCCGUGUACCCAAAUUGCUAGGCACGCUGCAAGAAUUGAAAAUUCCUGGUGCAGACUCGAAAAACCAUGACAAACAUGACGGUGGUUCCUCGCUGUCGAGCCUCACCAGUCGCCCACCAGAUCUUCGCCUUGGCAUUGGACUCCCGAUGUCGAGGGUAUAUGCAGAAUAUUGGGCUGGCAGCCUGGAAAUACACAGUCUAGAGGGUUUCGGCGUAGACGCGUUUCUGCAGAUAUCCAAGCUUGGAAACAAAGAUGAGCGAUUGACAACCCGCGCCAGCAUGGAUGCCAUUUAG